GAUGAGAGGAUGCAGGAAACGUGUCAGGACUUGUUCCGACUGCUCCUCUAUACACGUGCUGCUACAGCUGAACAUGACUUCAAAGACACCUCACCUGUUCAGUAAUGUCAGACCCAUCAAAAAGGUGUAAAGCCUCCUCACGGGGACUUCUGAGCAGCUACCGAUACCUGAGGAAAAGAGCCAUGCUGCUUUGCGCCGUACAGGCUGCAAGAGCCCGGAAGAAGCGGAAACAGAUGUUCAUGAUCACCGACAUCAAGUCUAGUAAAACAGAGAAUGACCAUGAUCUGCCAGAUACACAGGAGCAGAUCAAAAAGAGAAAAUUAAAUGAUGCAGACCAAGUUAACCAAACUAUGAACUGUGCGAAUAAGUCAAAGGAUGAAUGUAAACACAGUUUCCCUUUGGUGAAAACAGCUGACCACAGCAGUUUAACAGCGGCCCUAACAGACAGCUGGGAGGUGGACAGUGGAUUUCACUCUGAAGCAAGUCCGCCGGCCAGCGGCCGCAGCUCCCCGUGCCUCAGCACGUGCCCGACCACGGUGGUGGCGUUGGAUUGUGAGAUGGUGGGCACGGGACCUGGCGGGCGCUGCAGCGAGCUGGCCCGCUGUAGCAUCGUGGACUAUCACGGCCACGUCCUGUUUGAUCAGUAUGUGAAGCCGCAUCAGCCCGUCACAGACUUCAGGACUCGCUGGAGUGGCAUCAAGAAGCACCAUCUGCACAACGCUACGCCCUUCACAGAGGCCAGAGAGCAGAUCCUCAAGAUACUUGAAGGCAAAGUGGUCGUAGGUCACUCCAUCUACCAUGACUUUGAGGCGCUGGACAUUCUCCAUCCAGGUCACAUGGUCCGGGACACCAGUACGGUGCGGCUGCUCGGCCGAUUGGCCGGUUUCCCCCGGGGACGCUGCACCUCCCUCAAAGUGUUGACCCGAAAGCUGCUGAACAGAAACAUCCAGGUUGGGAGGAGCGGCCACUGCUCCGUCGAGGACGCCCGAGCUUCACUCGACCUCUACAAGCUGGUGGAGGGCGAAUGGGAGCAGGAGCUGCAGAAGAGUCUGAGGGACGAAGACGACGAUGCCGCUGCUCCGCUGGAGCCCUCCUCAGACCACUACAUGCAGGACGAGUACUGGCCGAGCGACGUCGACGAAAGCCAGUGAGAGAGCAGCGUUGGUUUCAUUCAGUGAGCUAUACCUCAGAGAGCGGAUGAGACGAAGCUGUGAGCGAAGAGCGACGUUCAUCAAACCUCGACUCAUAAAAGAUGGACCGCGUCACUUCACAGACAAAUGGAGUUCAGUGUUUGAAUAGAACCACUUUAUAACUUAUUCAUUGUAAAAACAUAGAGUGUUGUUCCUGUCAGCAUAUUUUCUUGCUGACAUUCAGGUGUUCACCUGCAUCAGGUUCUUCCUUUCAGCCUUGAUGUUUGAAGAGUUGAUGUUUUUACAGUGAUGGUGAAAUAUUUAAUGUGGACAGUUUGCUGCACACUAACAGUAUCCGCUCUUAUUGGAGACAAAAACGAAACCAGAAAUGCUGCUGAUUCAAAGAAUGGCGAGCUUUUAAAAAGUCUCACUAUCCUAAGGACAGGUUAUGAACACUUUAAGCUGCAGUUGCAACAUGUUAUUGGGUUAAAGUGGUGUGGAAUGGUGUUGGAUUUUGAUGGUGCUUCAUUGUAAGCUGCUCCUAAAUGUUUUAAUAAAAGAGGAUC